UCGAGCUGAGGAGAGAAAAAGCGAGAAAUCAGUGAACAACCAGAAGGAACAGUAUGAGACAAGGAAAAAGAAACAGGGAGACAGAGAGACAAAGAGGAAGAAAGAGGUAGAGCUAUGGAGAACACACUAAAUCUGGCAACCAUGACAACCAAGGCAAGUGCACACCAGACACGGUGGCUAUGAAACAGGAGAACAUGGAACGAAAGAAAAUGGCAAGAGCAGCUCAGAAUGGCCACCACUAUGAAGAAGGAUACUCCUUCCCUUUAACCCAAGUAAUUUUUUGUGGAUUUUUUUCAUCCUUUUUCUUUUUUGACUGUGUAAUUCCACAUUUGCUCUUUAGUGGUGGAGAGGUGUGGGGGUGAAUGGAGUGCUUUCUGUUGCUGGCCGUCACGGAGGGCUUCCUCAUUUACAGGGAGAAAUAUGAUGAGCUUUAAGUAGAAGUAUUCGUACCUUGAUGGAGUCUGAUGGAUUCACUGAGUUGGGCUUGAACCCACUCACACCGCAUGUUUCCCUUUUGGAACGAACAAGCCAAACUGGAAAUCCAAACUCAUCCUCUUCAGAACUGCGCUGAAAAUCCAAAGAGGUGAACCAUGUAAAGCUAAUGUUUUUGGCUUGCUGAGAUCUUGAGUUCUCAUGAACCCCAUGGCGCAGCUGUACUACAAGAAGGCGAGUUAUUCGCCAUACCGUGACCGGAUACCACUGCAAAUUGUGCGGGCCGAGGCUGAGCUUUCAACAGAGGAGCGUGCCUACCUAAGUGCAGUGGAGAAGGGGGACUAUGCAGGUGUAAAGAUGGCCCUUGAACAGGCUGAGAUCUAUUACAAUAUUAAUGUUAACUGUCUGGACCCACUAGGACGCAGUGCCCUUCUGAUCGCCAUUGAGAACGAGAAUCUGGAGGUAAUGGAGCUGCUGCUGAGUCAUGGUGUGCAUGUGGGAGAUGCUCUGCUGUACGCCAUUCGCAAGGAGGUGGUGGGUGCAGUGGAGUUGCUGCUAUCCUACAGGAAACCCAGCGGUGAAAAACAGGUACCCGCACUUAUGAUGGACACCCAGUUCUCAGAAUUCACACCUGAUAUCACUCCCAUCAUGCUGGCUGCACACACCAACAAUUAUGAGAUCAUCAAACUACUUGUCCAGCGCAAGGUCACCGUACCACGGCCACACCAGAUCCGCUGUGAUUGUGUCGAGUGUGUGUCCAGCUCAGAGGUGGACAGUCUGCGGCACUCACGCUCCCGACUUAACAUCUACAAGACACUGGCGAGUCCUUCACUCAUUGCUUUGUCCAGUGAAGACCCUAUUCUUACAGCGUUCCGUCUAGGCUGGGAGCUGAAGGAGCUCAGCAAGGUGGAGAAUGAAUUCCGGCAGGAGUAUGAGGAGCUCUCACAGCAAUGCAAGCUCUUUGCUAAGGACUUGCUGGACCAAGCAAGAAGUUCACGUGAACUAGAGACGAUCCUCAACCACCGUGAUGACCACAGUGAAGAGUUGGACCCCCGAGAAUGCAGAGACCUGGCCAAGCUCAAGCUGGCCAUCAAGUACCACCAGAAAGAGUUUGUGGCUCAACCCAAUUGCCAGCAGCUACUGGCCACACUGUGGUACGAUGGCUUUCCUGGAUGGCGGCGACGUCACUGGGUGGUGAAGUUGAUCACAUGUUUCACCAUUGGCCUACUCUUUCCUGUCUUCUCCAUGAUCUACCUGCUGGCACCAAAGAGCACACUGGGUCUCUUUAUCAAGAAACCCUUCAUAAAAUUUAUUUGUCAUACUGCCUCAUACCUGACCUUCCUCUUCCUCUUGCUCUUGGCCUCACAGCACAUUGUGCAAACUGACCUGCAUGUUCAGGGUCCACCACCCACCAUUGUGGAAUGGAUGAUCCUACCUUGGGUUCUGGGCUUUAUUUGGGCUGAGAUUAAAGAGAUGUGGGAUGGAGGUUUUACUGAAUAUGUUCACGAUUGGUGGAACCUGAUGGACUUUGCUAUGAACUCUCUCUACCUAGCCACUAUAUCUCUCAAAAUGGUGGCCUACUUUAAGUACAACAGUUCCCGUCCUCGUGAAGAGUGGGAGAUGUGGCACCCAACACUGAUUGCAGAAGCGUUGUUUGCCAUUGCCAACAUCUUCAGCUCGCUUCGGCUCAUCUCACUUUUCACAGCCAAUUCCCACCUGGGCCCACUGCAGAUCUCACUGGGCAGAAUGUUGCUUGAUAUACUCAAGUUCCUCUUCAUCUACUGCCUGGUGCUCUUGGCCUUUGCUAAUGGUCUCAACCAGCUUUAUUUCUACUAUGAAACUGAGGCAGCCGAUGAGCCAAACCACUGCAAAGGCAUCCGCUGUGAGAAGCAGAACAAUGCCUUCUCCACGUUAUUUGAGACACUUCAGUCUCUCUUCUGGUCUGUGUUUGGUCUGCUCAGCCUCUACGUAACCAACGUGAAAGCUCGGCACGAAUUCACAGAAUUUGUUGGGGCCACUAUGUUUGGCACUUACAAUGUCAUCUCACUGGUGGUGCUGCUUAACAUGCUCAUAGCUAUGAUGAACAAUUCCUACCAGCUCAUUGCUGAUCAUGCUGAUAUUGAGUGGAAGUUUGCCCGCACCAAGCUUUGGAUGAGCUACUUUGAUGAAGGAGGGACGCUCCCACCUCCAUUCAACAUCAUCCCCAGUCCCAAGUCGAUGUGGUACCUGUGUGUCUGGCUGCACAGCCGUUUCUAUGGUCGAGGACAGCCUACCCCUGAGGAACAGCACAAACAUGACAACCUCAAAGAGUUCACGGAACGACAUGCUGACAGCCUCAUUCAGAACCAGCAGUAUCAGGAAGUGAUCAAAAAUCUGGUGAAAAGAUAUGUGGCAGCCAUGAUCCGCAGAACCAAAACCGAUGAAGGGCUGACUGAGGAAAACUUCAAGGAGCUCAAACAGGACAUCUCAAGUUUCCGCUACGAGGUCCUGGACCUGCUGGGCAACCGCAAGCCGCCACGCCGCACCUACUCCUCAAGCAGUGAGGCCACACAACCUGAGGCUGAGCAAGAAGAUGAAAAGGAAGAUACAGAGAUGAGGAACAGAGGAGCAAGGCCUGGAGGACAAGCUCAGUCAUGUUCUGUUUCAUUUGCCCAAGCAGACAAGAGAAAGCGUGAGGGCCAAUUUACAGUUUCAGCUCUAUUUCGCUCCAUGGCAGGUCUGGAGGAUGUGGAUGAUGGACCAAAAAGCAAUGGCUUGAAGAAAAACAGGUGGUCCCCUUCAUCAUUCGUGCGGACGAGUGGCCGCUUGCGGCACUUCUCACGCUCAAAAAAAGACUCACUGCGUCGUUUAGGAUCACUGUUUCGUCGUGUGAAUGGACACGUUGCUCAAUCACGCUUGAAGAGUCCCCAGCAGCAACAAACCUACAGCAUUUCAGAUGGGGUUUUGCAACCGCCAACGUCCUGGCGGGACCCUCAAGCACAGCCAGAGAACUGGCUGACAAGAAGCAGCAUGCACCUGCACAUGCUCGGAGGAGAAUCUGGUGCAAUAGACAAGAAUCAAACACCGUCAAUGUCAGAGCAGGCAAAUGAUACAGAUGAUCUCCUGCUAAGGCCCCCUGGUCUACACUGUGCUUCCAGCCUGACUGCCUCCAGUUCCCUCUUGCUCUCCUCUAGUGAGGAUCUGUAUCAGGGCUUGCCAGGGCCUUGUGAGAGCAUUGAUUCCUCUUAUUGGGAUCAGGAGGAGUCAAUCACCACACAGCUCUAAUUGGCUGCACAAAGAGUAUGCUGCCACGAUUGUGUUCAUAUCAAUACAGGCAUUGGACAGCACUUGUGUGUGUAUAUUAUAUAUAUGCUUUUAUUACAUAAACCUAUAAAUUAGCAAAUAAGUAGUCUUUAAAUACUGUAUUGAGAAUGUUAAUGAUUCAGUUUCAGCAAUAUGAGAGUGUAUUUGAAUCAAUGACUCCUAAUGCAAUGCUUUCUUUUUUGUUACAAGUACACAUCAAAUGCCAUUUGCACAGACACUUCUAACAGCUACAUAUAGCCAUCAACACAUCACUCACGUUAUUUAUUUAAUAAUGCUCCCCUGGCUUCUAAGGUGUUACAAGAAAUGUGCAUUUAUAAUCUUAACUAUAAACUCAACAAGCGUAGAAUUGCGUUUGGAAAGUAUCAUUUUAGGCUUUACCAACAUUGCCAAAGUGCCCUUAUACAAUUUUUCCCUUUGAGCCUUCAGAAGUAUAGCUCACUCCAAGUUCAGAGACUUUAAUUUUCCCUUAUAGUCAAAAGAUUAUCCAUUUGUCACUAUGCAGGAAAACAAGGGCAGAUUAAACACAAAGCCCCCAGGGCAAAAGCCAAAUUUCUGAUUAUAGAGAGGCAUGUAACCCUAUUGACAUUUCAUGCAAAAUGCCACAUUUGGAAAUAAGCAUCUGAACAAUAAUGACUUGUGCAUGUACAUUUUUUUAUUAUUAUUAUUUUUUAUUUUUCUUUAGAAGAGAAGUGAGCAUGUCUGCAAUGGAUAAAGUAGUUCCAGUGAAUGACUAAAGUGCAUCACAUUAACAUCUGAGCUUUUGUAAAUUCACAAAACACAGUAGUGUAAAAGGGAGCAAAUACCCCAAUGAGAAAUAAAUUCAUGUAUAUUAAUUAGAAUUGUGAAAUGUAUUAACAAAAUAUUAUCGUUGUUUUAAUUUCUAUAUAGGAUGUUGCAAUCAAAUUUUCA